AUGACGGGGCCCUCCUUCGAGCACCUUGCAUCUCUCGUCACAAUAUCCGACAUCGUCCCCUUGUCCCUUUUGCACCGACUUCAUCUUUCAGCUAGCAUGAAUUGCUGCAAGGCUUGCAACAAGUCGCCGCCCUCGGUGAACCUUAAGCGAUGCGCAAAGUGCUCCAUCACCUGGUACUGUUCGCGAGACUGCCAAAAGGUUGACUGGAAAGAGCACAAAAAGACGUGUGCCAAGCAAAGAGACGCACGAGGGGUGGACGAUGCUCCCAACACCAGCAACGUCAAGUCUCCUCCCAAAGGACUCGACCGUCCCAUUGUCAUGCCCUUCACGCAUCUGGAGAACGGCACCUGGCUUCACGACCGCCCGGAGAUGGACGUCUACCGCCUUCUCAUCGAUGCCUACCGCAUGUACGUCGAAGACCUGUACCAGAUCGAACAGUUCCAAGAGGAAGGCAGCAUCUACACCGGCGCACCCGACGGCCUGAGCUGCUUCCAGCGUUUCCUGACGCGUGUCGAAUCCCGCCCCAAUCUGCUGCCGCCCUGGUGGAAUGGUGAGAAGAGGCAGGCAUGCGAGAGCCUUGGCAUGGAUGCGUCCCAAUGGUGCGACCUGCGAUGUGCCGUCGAGAAGAGCGACAUCAUCGACCACUACGGCGACCCGCGCUUCCCGAUGCAGCUUCGCAUGUUUGCCGAACUCGUCAAUGGCCGAGGACCGGGCGGAUCAAACGGCACAGCAAUGAGAAAGGUCAUGGUGGCAAUGGAGCAGGGCACCAGCCAAUUUCACGCUUCCACCAUUGAUGCGACGACGGGGAAAGUGUCCAAGGUUCGCUCUUAA